CUGUCACCCCCACUCAUCUUCACCCCACUCCUCUCUCUCGCCGGGAAUCGCCGGAUCUCUGUUUCCGGUUUCCCUCCGCCUUCUUGAAUGCUCGGAUCGGAGUGUUCUUUCCGCUGUCCAGGUUUUCGGGAGCUCGAUUUUGGCGCCGUCCGGUGGAUUCUAGGGUUUUGGAGCGGUUCUUGAUGCAAUGGAAGAGCUUCGCGGAGGCGUGGAGAGAUUGGAAGGUGGGAAUUUGGGAAGACGAGAGUUUGGGUGCGUUCUCUGAGUCGUAUUCGGCAAUGCUGGAUGAAAUCUCCACUCUUCUAGGGUUUCUCCGGCGGAUAGGGAGUGGAGGCACUUCGAAACCCUAAUUGCUAUUCUAGGUGGAGCUUAGGGUUUCAUCGGUGUCGAUUCGAGCACUAGAUGGAUUUCGGAUUUUUCGCCGUUGAUUUCGUGCGUGGAUUGGUUCGAAGGAAGACAGAUGCUCGGCGUUUCUUUUGGAAAAAAGGGAAUGUUGGGACGGUGAGAGGAAUUUGAGCUAGGACCGUUGGAUCCAGCCCUAGGCCUGCUAAAAUUUGAGAGAUUAAGAGGUUUGUGUGAGCAUUGAGCUGGGAUCCGAGAAUAAGCGAACAGUCUCUUCAAUGUCGGGAGCACCGAUGGUCCGGUCCGUAAACGUCGAGGAUGAUGAGGUGAGGCCAGUCCUUGGGCCAGCUGGAAAUAAAGCAAGGUCUGCAGGCAUGGCACGGAAGCCUGCUUUGAAGCCUGUGCGGAAGGUAGAGAGAGCAGAGGUCGGGGCAGCAGUGGAGAAAAAGGCUUCCCCUCGAGCAGCUGAUUCACCACCUCUAACACCACCUUUUAGUGCUUCCUCGGUGCUAAGGAGGCAUGAGCUGCUCAUCCGCUCCAACUUGUCGCUCAAUGCUUCUUGCUCCUCGGAUGCUUCCACUGAUUCCUUCUGCAGCCGGGCCUCCACAGGAAGGAUUGGUAGGCCGAAUCUCACAAGUCGCCGAAGGCAGAGCAUUCCCAAGCCAGACAAGAUUUCUGCGAAGCUGGAAAAGAUUGUUCCUGAUGGUUUCUCGUUGCCUUCGCCAGAGCUUGUGCCGGGAAAGAGGAGGUGUGCAUGGGUGACAGCAAAUACUGAUCCUUGUUAUGCUGCCUUCCAUGAUGAAGAAUGGGGAGCACCAGUCCAUGAUGAUAAGAAACUGUUUGAGCUGCUUGUACUAUCAGGUGCCUUGGCUGAACUUACAUGGCCUGCAAUUCUCAGCAAGAGGCACAUAUUUAGGGAGGUUUUCAGGGAUUUUGACCCUGUGCUUGUUUCUAAAUUGAAUGAGAAAAAGCUUAUAACACCAGGAAGCACUGCAAGCUCCCUACUAUCAGAGCCAAAGCUGCGUGCCAUCAUCGAAAAUGCACGCCAAAUACUUAAGAUCAUAGAGGAGUUUGGAUCGUUUGAUAGAUACUGCUGGAGCUUUGUGAACCAUAAGCCUGUCGUGAGCAGAUUCCGCUACCCACGUCAAGUCCCGGUAAAGACGCCGAGGGCAGACGUUAUAAGCAAAGACAUGGUGCGAAGGGGUUUUAGGAGUGUUGGGCCAACGGUUAUCUACUCCUUCAUGCAAGCCUCAGGGAUAACUAAUGAUCACCUCAUCAGUUGUUACAGAUUCGAGGAAUGUGUGACUGCUGCCACAUCAGUAGAUGGGGAUGAAGGGAAUGCCAUUAGGGCUAAUCAUAAGGUGGAGGAGACGACAGGUGACAAGGUAGGGAGCAUGGACUUGUCAGGAGCUGUGGAUGUGCUGACCAUCUCGUAGCAAAUGUGGGUAGGGUGUUGGUGGGGUUGGAGUUCCUAAUAUUUUGUACAAUUAGACUGGACGGUGGCUUGCCCUUUCUAGGGAUUGAGGUGAUCCUCUAUGUAUAAAUAUUUGUGAAUUUUAUGCAAUCUUGGUUUGUACAUUUCACUGGUCCGGUGAGAGCAAGUGUUCAUGCACUCUUAUUUGUAGGGUUAGGGGGGAUUGAGAUUCUUUAAACAAUCGGACCACAGUAUUUAUUACCCACAAAGUGGGUAUGGCCGGUCAUACUAUUUGUCGGUUUUGGAUGCUAUUGAAGGCCAGAAAAAGUAGGACACUACUUCUGAUUGAUA